UGCUGACAUGAGGCAUCUUCCCCAGAGCUGGCUGGGAGCCACAGCCCAGAAGUAGACUAGCUAUCUUUGGGGAACAGCCUCCAAAGCUAAUCUUCCUUUAAGCUUAGCCCUCCGGGCUACAGAGUGGCAGGGAGGCUCUGAGAAUCCUUCCCACCUCCCAGUAUGGGACAUGGGUGUUUCAGUGUGAUCUCUGCCACUGCCUCUCUCACUGCGCCCCUGGCUCUUCCUUCGUAUACAGUCAUCACAUCUGUCCAACUCUUGUGAGGCCCUGCCAAGAGCUGAAUGCAUGAGACCCUGACUGCAGACACACGCUCCUGUGGAGGCUCUCCCUGCCUUUCUGGGUGAGAGGGCAGGACUCCACCUCUGAUGAGCGCUGCUCCCAGCCCUGCCUUAGUUGCCUGGCAACAGCUCGGCGUCUCUAGCCAAGGAGACACACUAUGGCUGGUGGCAGGUCAGCAGCCAAGAGGGUAGUGGUGUACCGGAACAGGGACCCCUUCUCCCCAGGCCACCAGCUAGUGGUGACUCAACGCCGCUUCCCCACCCUGGAGAGCCUCUUCUGUGAGGUGACAACAGCUGUGCAGGCCCCACUAGCUGUGCGGGCUCUCUACACGCCUUUUCAUGGCCACCCUGUCACCAACCUGGCAGACCUGCAGAACGGAGGGCAUUAUGUGGCUGCUGGUUUUGAACAAUUCCGCAAACUCUCCUAUUUAUCCCCCGGGAGGAAGGAUCCAGGUGGGACGAGCAGCAGACUACCAGGUCCUCCCGUGACUCACGAGCCGUGUGAUGGGGCCCUUGGCCGGCAGCUACCUGCAGGUUCCCCCUGCUAUAUUCAUGUGUUCAGGAAUGGAGACCUGUUAAGUCCCCCGUGUAGCCUGAAGCUGUCCCAGAUGGCCAGCGAGGACUGGGAAGCAGUGUUGAAGCUCCUGACCGAGAAGGUGAAAUUACAGAGCGGGGCUGUGUGCAAACUCUGCACCCUGGAGGGGCUCCCACUGUCAGCACCGGAGGCUCUGGUGAGUGGCCAUUACUACGUGGUGGUCGGAGAGGAUGAAUUCAAGGCCCUCCCGUAUCUGGAGCUGCUGGUACCUAGCCCCUCACUGCCCAGGGACCGCUGGCAUCCCCCAGACCCAAAGUCCAGGGCCCACAAGCAGAGGGCACCAGCAGCGUUCAAACCCAGCCCAGGAACAGAGAAGGGAAGAACAACCAGCACCGCUGGCCACACAACACAGGUGACCCAGUCCUCUCCAAAGGCAGCCAGACAAGUUAAGCCAUGUGCUUUCCAUGCCAGACCCCAGCAGGCUAUUCAGCCAAGAAGCAGGCUCCCUACUCUCUCAUUUCCAUCAGGAGUCAAGGGAGUGUACAGGGCUCCCCACCCGAGGAAGGAGACAGCAGGGGCCCAGGAAGUGGCAGAUGAUGAAAACACCCAGACAGAGGAGCCCCUGGAUCAGAGGGCAGCACAGACAGUGGAAGAGGCCCUGUUCCCAGCAAACCAGCCUGGGGUGGGGGCAGCUAUCCCAGCCUCAGCUCCUGCUCUGCCAUCCUGAGAGCCAGCAGCUCCAGCCAGGAACUAGGGAC